ACAGAUUGUUUUGACCGCUCGCCUGUCUGCGCCGUAUGAGUAGAUCCGAGCAGGAUGUGACCUAAUAAUUUAGGAAACAAUGUAACGCGGUGGCAGCGGAACAGAAUCGACAGCAAACUUGUAUAUUAAAAAACACAUCUUUCCAGGACGCAGACUUUUAUAGUGUGAAUGAGCACUUGAAUGGUGAUUCUCCUACAGCUCCACGCUAAGAAUUCCCCCUGAACCAGAUGUCACGGGUUGAAAAGACCUGCUGGACGUGUAACUGCGGCCGGGCGCGAAGGCCUGAGAACAUCUCCAGCGGCACGUUGCUGGUGGCAAAGGCGCACGAAAUGAUGACCAUCCUCACCUCGGUCAUGGCUAGUGCCUACUGCUCGCUAGCCAGCGGCAAUACCAUGAACUUACUGCGGCGGGGACUGGUGCUCUUCACCGUGGGAGUCUUCCUGGCUCUCGUGUUAAACUUACUGCAGAUCCAGAGGCAUGUCACCCUGUUCCCCGAAGAAGUCAUCGCCACAAUCUUCUCUUCGGCCUGGUGGGUGCCACCUUGUUGUGGCACGGCUGCAGCUGUAGUGGGUCUGCUAUACCCCUGCAUUGACAGCCACCUCGGAGAGCCACACAAGUUCAAACGGGAAUGGGCGAGCGUCAUGAGGUGUGUAGCAGUAUUUGUUGGCAUCAACCACGCUAGUGCUAAAUUAGAUUUUGCCAAUAACAUGCAGUUGUCGUUGACCCUGGCUGCCCUCUCACUGGGUCUGUGGUGGACUUUUGAUCGCUCUCGAAGUGGAUUUGGACUUGGCCUUACAAUAGCCUUCGUGGCAACCCUGGUCACACAGCUGUUAGUGUACAAUGGCGUUUACCAGUACACAUCACCGGACUUUCUGUACAUCCGCUCCUGGCUGCCCUGUAUAUUCUUCUCGGGUGGAGUGACCAUGGGAAACAUUGGGAGGCAGCUCGCCAUGGGAGUCUCUGAGAUCGCACAGAAGGACUGCCUCGAUAAGAUGCACAAGGAUUGAACCGAUACGAUUGUGUGAUGAUGAUGAUGAUUCCUGCAUAGAUGCUUUGUGUGCGAGCGUGCUCAUAUAUAGACCAACGUGAGCUGUGGGUCCAUAUGUGUUGGAGCUUGCGAAUUAUUGCAUGAUAUUCAUAAAAGGGAAGAUUUGCAAUCUGUGAUUGCCUUCGUAUAAUUAAUUCAUUUCUUAAUGUCUGAACGUUUGGUGCCUGUCAUCUGUAUACACUCAGUCUGAUGGGCACUCCUCACUUAAUCUAAUAUGACCUGCAAUGCCAUUUCUGCUAUUGCUACAUCUGACCUAAUUAGCAAGUAUUAGGUCAGAUUGAUGGAAGUUCAGUGUUCAUGAGCUUGUUGUAUUAUCCAAGCUUUGAUUCCUUAUUUAUUUCUCCUUCUCGAGUUCAUUAGUAGCAUUAAAGUACUCAUGGGCCUCCCCACCCUCUCCGUUCUGCAUGGGAAUAAAGAGCGAUCCUCUUUUCCUUUCUCCAAGCUCUAGUUCAGUACCCGUAAGCGACGAUAGUAUUCACCGGAUUUUCUCAUGUGCCACAGUACGGAUGGGCCCAGCACUGAACAGCAGGAACUCCCUCGAGCUGGGGAGAACCAGUAUCUGGACAGUCAUAGAGUCGAGCUUUCCAUUAGUCCCCAGACUCAGCAGUACACUGAAGCAGGGACACGAUAAUUCCAGCGCUCUUGGCCGAAUGAAUCAUUGCCUGCUGCUCCACUCAGAGUGAAGUGAUUUUUAUUUUUGUAUGUUUAUCCAGUGUUUCUGAUAUGAACCAAUCAUUAUUUGCAUGCCUCUUGGUGGGAUGAUUGUCUGAUUUUGUAAAUUGAAUGCAUUCCGGGUUAUUUUUUUUUCUCCUCCCUCGCUGUUCUCAAUAAAAAUGUUCAAGUAAUUAUCAAACAGAA